AUGGGAAAGAGACGGGGGAAAAGGGGAGUUGAUGAGAUUAAAAUAAUAAAAAUAGUAAUAAUAAUAAUAACAAUAACAAUAACAAUAAUAAUAAUAAUAAUAAUAACAAUAAUAACAAUAAUAACAACAAUAAUAAUAAUAACAAUAGUAAUAUUAAUAGUAACAAUAAUAAUAAUAAACAAAAACGAGGGCGGAGAAGAGCGGCACAGCGACCGCACAAACUCCACAUCGCCACUCCCGUCCACCACCCCUUCCCCUGCCGCCCCUGCCCCUGCCGCCCCCGCUGCCCCUGCCGACCCUGCUGCCCCUUCUCCUGUGUCAGCUACAGCCUUCUGCUGGCCGGAUGAGGCAGUGGCGGUGGCUGGGGGGAAGGGAGAGCAGCACUUGCGGCGGAGCGCGUCAAACUGUUUGGCGAAGUAG